UUAUUACGUCACCUUCUGCAGGCUCGGAGGAUUCGCUCCUGCCGUCAUUCAGUCGCGCGAACUCGAAGCCGCAGGGAUCAAGCCGCGGGAUGUCGUCCUUCGUGGUGAGGAUCCAAGGCCGGCGAAGGAAAAUACUACGUUAUCACGCGAUAAAGCACAGACGCGAUUUUCAUUUGCAGAGGAGAUGGUGCGAUCUUGUGUGCUUGCUGUGCUGUCUGGUCGCGCAACAUCAUGUCGUCGCGGAGGAAAAUAUCAGACCUUACGAGUUCUCCUUCAACAUCGUCGAUUUUCAACAUAGAUUUGAGAAGAAAGACGCCGAGGGGCUCAUUACCGGAGAAUACGGCUUUAUCACGGCUGAUGCUGUUUAUCACGAGACUGGAUAUAGGACCGAUAAAAAUGGGGACUUUAUUAUUACAAAACAGAGGAACCGGAAAAUAACGAGUCUGAAGGACGCGCAAGAGAUAUUCAAGGAUAGACCGGAAGCGGCGAAGAAAUUAAUCGAAGCUGUAAUGAAGGCCUGCAGCAGCUGUAAGCUACCAAUAAAGCAAGAGGACGCUCGGCCAAAACCUCCAAAGACGACCACGCAGUCGCCGCCGCCGCAGAAAAAGAUGGAUCCGAUUUUAAAGCAGAUGAUGAAGAUACUGACAGAAGAGAAAAGUAAGAUCAUCAAGAAGGAAGACAUGAAAAACGUGACGAGAAGCAUGGUGCGGGCUGCGAAAAAGCUGCUGUCCGAGGAGGACGGUCCGAAUAAAGUCGCCGUGAGUGAUCGGGUCCUGGAGAAAAUGGCAGACGAUCUGUACUAUCAGUUCAACUAUACGAUAACGUCGCACGGCCAUCGCGAGGACGGCUAUCGCAGCGGAAGGAAGGACGGUAGCUAUCGAGCUCGGCACGAAAACGGUAUUGACACGCAAGUGAAGUAUCUGUCCAACGAAUUCGGGCAUCAGCCCAACAUCACGUUCGUUCCGCAGACGAACGCGGCCGACGAGAAGCACGGUCUCAAAGGAUACUCGUUUCGUUGGUACUGGUCGUAAAAUUUGCAAUUUUAUAUAAUGCCGAUUUUUAUCUUAACUGAGAUUUGUGUGUGUUAUCGAAUAUAUGCUAACAUUUUUUUAAGUAAUAUAUAUAUGAGCCACGUCUAGAAAUUUUCGAUUUUUAAAAUUGAUUAAUAACA